AUGGCGCACAAGCACAAGAAAUCCGACCCAUCACCCGCCGCCGCGCUGCUUGAGGAGAAGCAUGGCUAUGAGUUCUUUGGACCGCCUGGCGCUUUUGCCAUCACAUUCAUCCUGCCUCUUCUUGUAUUAUCCUCACUACUGUUCUGCAACGAAGUUUCCGGUUGUCCUGCGCCCGGGCUGCUCAACCUCCGUACCUUGACGCUCGAGAAGCUGAAGGCUCAGACGCCAUGGCCUGAAACCGGAGUGAUUGGUCUAUUCGAUAUCCAUGCCAUUGGCUGGACUCUGGCAUACUAUGGUUUGCUGGUCGCCUUGCAGCUCAUCCUCCCAGGACACGAAGUCGAAGGAACAAAGCUGUCAAACGGUGCCAGGCUCCGCUACAAGUUCAACUCGUGGCGCACAACUCUAGUCUUUAUUGCUGGAUUGUCGACCGGCACUGUUCUGUAUGGCGCCGACUGGAUUGUGUGGACCUUCAUUUGGGACAAGCUGGUACAAAUCUACAUCGCCAAUCUGCUCAUCGCCUACGGCCUGGCACUCUACUGCUACAUUGGCUCCUUUACUGUGCCGCACCCAGAUCAGGCCAAUCCAUCGAAUCGCGAACUUGCCAAAGGUGGCCACAGCGGCAACAUGUUGUACGACUUCAUGAUCGGCCGUGAGUUGAAUCCUCGCUGGGACAUUCCGGCGUGGCUGCCACUUGUUGGAGGUCAGCCGCUCGACAUCAAGCUCUUUAUGGAGAUGCGGCCAGGUCUCAUGGGUUGGAUCAUUCUGGAUUGCGCAUAUAUUGCUCACCAGUACAAGCUGUACGGCUAUGUCACAGACUCCAUCGUCUUUAUCACAGCAUUCCAGGCUCUGUAUGUUCUGGAUGCGAUGUACAUGGAACCUGCCAUUCUGACCACGAUUGACUGCAUCAUGGACGGUUUCGGCUUCAUGCUGUCUUUUGGUGAUGUCGCGUGGUUGCCAUUCAUCUAUUCGAUACAAACCCGCUACCUUGCAGUCCAUCCCGUUCAGCUCGGGGUGUCCGGCGUUGCUGGGGUGCUUGCUGUAACCAGCGUUGGCUACUACAUCUUCCGCUCCUCCAACAAUGAGAAGAACCGCUUCCGCACCAACCCCAACGACCCCAAGGUUGCUCAUUUGGAGAGCCUGACCACCUCGGCAGGUACCAAACUGCUCACUUCAGGCUGGUGGGGAACUGCCCGCCACAUCAACUACCUCGGCGACUGGAUCAUGUCAUGGUCUUUCUGCUUGCCAACAGGAUUUGCUGGCUAUGUUGUCCACCGCUCGGUCAGUGCUUUGACUGGAACGGUCACCCUCGACGUCGAGCAGGGCGACGCCAAGGGCUGGGGCAUGAUCUUCACGUACUUCUACAUUAUCUAUUUCGGCGUUUUGCUUGUUCACCGCGAGCUUCGGGACGAGGCCAAAUGCCGCCGCAAAUACGGGAAAGACUGGGAACGAUACUGCCAGAUUGUGAAGUGGAAGAUCAUCCCAUACGUUUACUAA